CAGCAUCGUUGUCAAUUUACAACGAAUUGCGGCGGAGAACUAUGCGCCAUUGAUAAGAAAAGCGGAAGAAAGUCGGAUAAGGCGUUGGUCGAAGAGAAAGAAGAUGUACGAAGGAGGGAAGAGUUGGAGAAAUUUUGCGGUGGCCAGAAGGGAAGUGGAGUCGCGCAAAUGUUGCUUAAUCAGCGUAUUCAUGAUAGUAACGUCAAUUUCAAACUCAGAUGUAUAAAUAAUACAGAGUUAAACCACAGGAAUCGAGAAUGGCUAGCUAUGCUCCUUUCCAAAGAUUCGUGUCGAAAUAUUCCACGGAUUUCAUCUGCUAUUUUUUUGAUUCUAUUUACAAUAUGUUGUAGUUUAUCUGCCAUUCAAGCAGUUAAAAUAAGAGGGAUUGAUCCGUCUAAGGCGCAUUUAUAUGAACGCAAGGGAGACCACUGGACCUGUCUCGAUGGGUCAGCAGAAAUACCAUACGAAGCGAUAAACGACGACUAUUGUGAUUGUAAUGAUGGUUCUGAUGAACCAGGAACCUCGGCUUGUCCAGAUAAUCUCUUCUAUUGUGAAAACAAGGGUCAUAUUCCCGCUUAUAUUUCAUCAUCACGAGUGAACGAUGGCAUAUGCGAACCGGAAUGCUGUGACGGAUCAGAUGAAUACCGCGGAUUUGUUCAGUGUUCGAAUGUCUGUGAUAUAGCCGAGAGGGAGUAUAGGCAAAAAAUGAAAGAAUUGGCUGAUUUGCACGCGAUGGGCGCGAAGAUAAAACAAGAAUAUAUAGAGCAUGGGAAAAAGCUAAGAAGCGAGCGGGAAGCAAAUUUAGAAAAACUGCAGGUUGAAUUAGAAGCAGCGAAGCAAAGAGUUGUUGAACGGAAAGAGGCCUUGAAACGAGCCGAAGAUGAACAAAAGAAAUCAAAGACAUCCAAGAUGAAAAUAUACCGCGAGAGAAUCAAAGCGUAUAAAUCUCAGAUACAAGCAUUACAGUCACGCAUAACCGGACUUCAGGAUGAUAUCAAUGCGUUAUUAUCCAUUUUGAAAGACCUAAAAAACGAUCAUAAUCCCAAUUAUCAUGAUAUGGCGGUGAAAGCUGCCAUCUCUGGAUACGAUGAGUUUAUAAACGAACGGGAUGAAUACCGUACAUAUAGAGAUGAAAUAUGUAAUGAAGAAGAUGGAGAUUGCGAUGAUGACAAUGUGGGUGAAUAUCAGGAUUAUGUUGCUGAGACACCUUCGGAAGGUGUUUUUGGGAUGCUGAAGAAGAGUUUCAAUAGUAUUAUGCAUGCGAUCGGUUUUGAAGAGUAUUCUUCGAGCAAUGGAGAAUCACAGUCUGCAUCAUCCCCCGGGCAAUCCAAAGCCGUAAUUGAAGCUCGCAACGCCGUUUCGACGGCCGAAAGCGAAGUGAGAAAUGCAGAGACACAGAUUUCAGAGGUUAAUAGGAAACUUGAAGCAGACUAUGGCAGACAACAGGAAUUUGCUAAACUUGAUGGAGAAUGCGUUGACCUAAACUCGGGAGACUCAUUCUCUAAAUGGACCGGCGCAGAUUCAUCUGAGGACCCAUCAUAUUAUACCGAACAGCUAUACGAUAACGGUGCUCGAUGUUGGAACGGACCCGUGAGAUCGACCAAGGUAUAUCUCGAAUGUGGGAUAGUAAAUGAAUUGGUUGAAGUCUCUGAGCCGGAGAAAUGUGAAUACGUUAUGAAAAUGAAAACACCUGCCAUAUGUGCGGAUGAGUACGAUAAAACUAAACAUGAUGAACUAUGA